AUGAUUCCCCUCAGAACCACCUUCUCCACCGACCCCGCCCUCUGGAUCUUCACCUCGCUCACCGCGGGCUCGUCUCACAUCGUGACCGCCACUUCGAGACUCGAAACGAUUCUACGGGCGAACAAGGUCCCCUUCAAAGCUGUCGACAUUGCCACCGAUGAGAAGGCCAGGAUGCUCUGGGGCAGGCGCGCGGGCAAGGAUGCGGGCGGGAGGGUGAGGAAGCUCCCGGGCCUCGUACAGGAGGGCCUAGUUCUUGGGGACAUUGUCGAGAUUGAAGAAUGGAACGAAUACGGAGAGCUCAAGCAAAACGCGCCCCCGCCUCCCAAGCCCGCGCCGGCCGUUACCAAGCCCGCGCCUGCCGCGCCGCCCCUUCCAGCCGCCACGUCCGCCGCGGGCCCCGUCAAGGACGCUCCCAAGCCUGUGCCCACGGCGUCGUCUUCCGCCGCGCCCGCCACGGUCCUACCGAUCCACUCCAUUGCCGACGAGGCGGCCAAGAAGGCCAAGGAAAUGCGGCUGCAGAGCUUGCGGGACAAGGUGUACGGGAAAGACGGAGCCAAGGCGAAGGAGGCCAACGAGAAGGCAGUCGGCCGAGGAUCUUCCGCCACUCAAGCCGACAGCGUCUGCGUCGACCACGUCGUCAAUCUCGUCAAGCCCACGGGCCUCCAGUCCCCCACCUCGGCGGCGUGGAAGGACUCGAACCCCGAAAGCCUCCGCGAAAUGGUGCAGUCGCCCACGUCGACGAGCUGGAAGACUUCGCGCGUGGAGCCGCCCAUGACUUCGCUUCACGGAUCCCUCAUCGAAAACGCAUCCGAGGAAGAGAUUGCCGAGAUUGAGCGGCAGGAGACUAUCGAGGAGGAUCCCGAAAAGGAGGACGAGCUGGCCAAGGAGGACGAGGAGAUUGAGAAGGAGAGGAGGAAGAGUCUGAUUUCGAGCUAG